GCGAUUUCCUGGAGAGACCGGCGGGACACGCUUACCCGUCCGAACUGACAACCAUACAACUCGCCCAUUUAAAAUCCGUUUUUUCUAAUAUACGGCGAAACCGGUAAAGUAGUUCACCACUCUCUUCAGUACGGCAUCACAUUGCACGAGGCAACCAUCUUGCAAUUUCUGGAACAUGCUCUCGUCAUUGCACGGGUUGAGAAGGAUAAACUGGCCGCUGGGUGUGCAAACUGACCUCAAGAAGUUCUCAAAAGCGGGACCACGUUCGAGUCAACGCGUGCGGGUUGGCUAGAGAAGCGGGUUGACUGGGAUUGGCAAACUCCAACGAGAUAUGGGAUCGGCUAGUGCGGUUCAGGGAUCUUCGAAUAAGACGACACACGGUUGGUGGUGGAUGCGUUGAUGGUCGACGGUUGUUGAUGGCCGUUCCUACCGGACACGACGAAAUGCGGACGGUUGUCACAAUCAUGAGAGACGAAAGGCUUACUUGGAGGAAGAAAGUGGCGCGCCGAAUAGCAUUGGAGAUGCUAGAAAGUGGUUCCUUUUGUGCGAAGCUAGCCAUGGUCUCCCAUCACGCAUCCAUGCGGCAACCGCCAGCAUAUGGAAAAUUACUCAGUGGUUCAUACAGUACAUGCUACUGGCGUAGAAGUCUAUGUCAUCAUAGCGAAUGGAACUGGGAAGCUGACAACAGUCAUGACUCGCUGAUGCACUCAGCGAAGGAAUCGGAUGCGAACGGGUUACAUUUCUUUCACUUCCUUCUGUCGGCGAUCCUUUGUCAUUGGACAACAAUGGACGCGGAUCAAUGGGUGCAGAAUGUACCAGCCCUGGACGGCAUCGCAGUGUACCUCAACGGCGUGAUAUCAAGUCACUGGCCAGAUGAAUGGCUUCCAUCGUAUUCAAAGAGAAAAAACAAAAUGUGCAUAGAUAUCUCUUACAACGAUCACACACUAUAUCAAAACCCCAUGUUACUUCAUGUUAUAUAUCACACACGUUCAAGGAGAUGGAUUUCGAGCAUCGAACUGUUUCUGGCUCGAUAGACGAUGAGUGGUGUGGAUGCUAUGAAUGCUACGGAUGCGACAAUAUGUAAUGUUUGGAUGCUACGAAUAGGUAUGAUGCGUGUAACAGAAAACAGUGGCUCAAGUCCCGAGCAGACGCCGAA